AUGGCCAUUUACCACGUUGUUCUCUUCAAGCUCAAGGACGGUGUGUCCAACGACCAGCUCAAGGAGCUCGUCGCUACCGCCAAGGGUCUCAUUGGCCGUGUUCCUGGUCUCACCUCCCUCGAGGCCAACAAGCCCCUUCCUUCCUCCGCCGCCGCCGCCCAGGGCUACAACGCCGGUAUUGUCGCUGUUCUCGAGGACGAGGCCGCUCUCGCUGCCUACAAUGAGAAGAGCAACGGUGCUACUGCCCAGAAGUGGCGUGAGGAGUUGGUCGACUCGACCCUCGUCUACGACUUGUCCUACUAG